GGCUUCCGGCGGCGUGACCUGGGCGCGCUGGGCUGGCGGGUUGCCGCAUCAGGAAGGGUCUGCGCUGGCUACCGGGACCGUAUUAGGAAUCUUGGAAGCACUGCCAACAUGUCUGAUGUUCAAGAAGCCACUAACCAACUUCUGGAUGUGAACCUUCAUGGGAACCAGAGGUCUAUACAAGUGACAGAAAGUGGUCCCAGAAGUGAGUCUGAGCACCUCCAAGUCACUAUUGGAGCCACUGUACCUACCGGUUUUGAGCAAACAGCUGCAGAUGAAGUGAGAGAGAAAUUGGGGUCAUCGUGCAAAAUCAGCAAAGACCGGGGCAAGAUAUAUUUUGACAUUUCAGUGGAAAGUCUGGCUCAGGUUCAUUGUCUGAGAUCAGUUGAUAACUUAUUUGUGGUUGUUAAGGAGUUUAAAGAUUACCAGUUCAAAGAAACAAAGGAAGAAGUUUUAAAGGAUUUUGAAGAGUUGGCUGGGAAGCUUCCAUGGUCAGAACCUUUAAAAGUAUGGAAUGUUAACACCAGUUUCAAGAAAAAAAAAACAAAGCGCAAAAAGAUAAAUCAGAAUUCAAGUAAAGAGAAGAUUGAUAAUGGACAAGGAGAUAAAGCAGAAGAGAGGGAUGAUAAAAAAGGAUUCACCAACAAAACCUUAGAUUCCCGUAUCUUAGACUAUUACGAAAAUCCAGCCAUUAAAGAAGAGAUAUCAACAUUAGUAGAGGAUGAUUUGGCAUCUUGCAAAGAUGAGACUGAUGAAGGCUCAAAAGAAGAAACUCCUGAGGUGCUGAAGUUUAGAGUCACGUGCAACAGGGCAGGAGAAAAACACUGCUUUUCCUCAAAUGAGGCUGCAAGAGAUUUUGGGGGUGGUGUUCAAGAUUAUUUUAAGUGGAAGGCUGACAUGACCAACUUUGAUGUGGAGGUUCUUUUGAACAUCCAUGAUAAUGAAAUUGUUGUGGGCAUUGCAUUGACAGAAGAGAGUCUCCAUCGAAGAAAUAUCACACAUUUUGGACCUACAACUCUGAGAUCUACUCUUGCCUACGGGAUGCUCAGGCUCUGUGCUCCUCAACCUACUGAUAUAAUAGUUGAUCCGAUGUGUGGAACAGGGGCAAUCCCAAUAGAGGGGGCUACUGAAUGGUCUAACUGUUAUCAUAUUGCUGGUGAUAAUAAUCCGUUGGCUGUGAAUAGAGCAGCAAAUAACAUCUCAUCUUUAUUGACCAAGAGCCAAAUUAAAGAAGGCAAAGUGUCCUGGGGCUUGCCCAUAGAUGCUGUUCAGUGGGAUAUCUGCAAUCUGCCAUUGAGAACUGGUUCUGUGGACAUUAUUGUAACAGACAUGCCAUUUGGAAAAAGGAUGGGCUCCAAAAAGAGAAACUGGAACCUUUAUCCAGCUUGCCUACGGGAGAUGAGCCGCGUCUGUAGACCAGGGACAGGCCGAGCUGUGCUACUUACUCAGGACAAGAAAUGCUUUACCAAGGCAUUAUCCGGAAUGGGACAUGUUUGGCGGAAGGUGCAUACUGUCUGGGUGAACAUAGGGGGUCUUCAUGCAGCAGUUUAUCUUCUGAAACGUACACCUCAAGCUUUUGUUCAUCCUGUAGAACAACAUGGGGAAAGAACUCCUUGGUGAUGCAAAGAAUAGAGAUGGUUCAUGGUAUUUGUGCCUCUUGACACUGGGAAUGUCAGCAUGUAGUAUUUGGUUUGAGAGAAAAAUAGCGUUAAUAAAAUUGCAGAUUAAAUUGGUCGAAAGCUCUUCACCUUCAUUAGCAAAAGGAAUUGAAAGUCUUAAGCAGAGCUUUGGAGCUUUUUUGAAGGAGUAGCUAGGCAAUUACUACUGAAAAUGCUUUCAAGAUCCAAAGGCUACUGGGGCGCCUGGGUGGCUCAGUCGGUUGAGCGUCCGACUUCGGCUCAGGUCACAAUCUCGCGGUUCGUGAGUUCGAGCCCUGCAUUGGGCUCUGGGCUGAUGGCUUGGAGCCUGGAGCCUGCUUCCGAUUCUGUGUCUCCCUCUCUCUCUGCCCCUCCCCCGUUCAUGCUCUGUCUCUCUCUGUCCCAAAAAUAAAUAAAUGUUAAAAAAAAAAAAAAAAGAUCCAAAGGCUACUAAAAUGCUCCGGGAUUUGAGUUUCGAGUAUUUCUUUUCAGGCUUCAUAGCAGUUCCUAUUUUCCAUUGUAGCAGGUAAAAAGCUACCCUGGCUUAAUGGAAAAGAAAAGAACAUAAUCAGAACAUUUUGGGCCCCACUGCAUUGCCUAUGCAGCUUUGCUCUUUAGUUUUUUGAGUUGGCUUUACCUCACCUUUAAAAAAAUGAAGCAUUUACAUUUUGUGAAAUAGUGUUGGCCCCAUGACAAGAUGAAAUCUCACAAGACCAACUGAAAAGUUUACCAUCUGCCUUACAAAUUAAAAUAUGCAUGUUAUUGAAAUCAAUACAUGAAAAUAGAGGACUAGGACUGAUUAAAGGAAUGGCAGAUACUUUACUGUUAGCAGUAUAGGACAUUGCUGUUGUAAACAGCAAAUACACUGAUGAGACCAACAAGCCAAACUUAAUUUUUCUAUCAGCACAGAAAGUCACACAUUAACCUGCCAAAAGUAUUUUUGUUUUUAAAAUGAUUGCAGACACACUGAUGUAUCUUUGAAUUAAAAACUUUAUGAGAAUUCUAUUUUCUCUUGGAUCUGUAUUCAUAUUUA